GGAGAAAGGAGAAGGAGAAGAAGAAGUGUGUCAAUGGUAAACACAUUGCGGGAUGAUUUCCCUCCUGAGUUGUCCUCGCUGCGCACUUGUCUUCACAAUGCUCUCCUUUGUGCUGUCUCGGAGUUUGUGCCAGGUUGUUACGGAAGUGAACCGCAGGUCUUACCCGACCUUUGGCUCACUGUUUCGGGCUUUUACAACCUCAAGUCCUAAAUGCGGAGAGACAUCCGACAGCGGUAAAAAUAUAUUUCCUGCUUCAGUGGUGACCUACUCGCAGCUGAAGUCCAUGCUGUCCAACCGCAACAUUCAGCUGUUUGAUGUGAGAAAUCCCGACGAGUACCAGGCUGGACGCAUUGCAGAUGCCGUCAACAUCCCACUGGGCAGCCUGGAGGAGUCUCUGAAGCUCUCCCCAGAGCAGUUUCAGCUGAAAUUUGAAGUGAGGGCUCCUGGGAAAGAUGACGAGAACAUCGUGUUUCACUGCAAAAGUGGCAACAGGAGCUCCAAAGCGCUGGACAUCGCUCAUCAGCUGGGAUUUAGCAGGGCGAGACAUUAUAAAGGAGGGUACAGUGAGUGGGCAGAGCAUGAAGGAAAAUGAAUCCGGGCUGAAUUCUGCACUUAAGUUGCAUAUCUUUAUUAAAAAUGGAGCCAAUACUAACCUGCAGUAUAUAAACGAGAGAUAACACAUUUGUUAGAAACAUUCAGUUACAGUUUUAUAUCAUAUUGACUGUUAUUAAGUUACAGUUUAAUUACAGUUGACUGUGACUUUACAGGUAAACACCACUUCUUUUGCCAUGUUACAUUUUUUUAGUUACUCAACCCUGUCAUUAAGCUUUUGCAUAUGCUGUGUAUCCUUUCUAUUAAGACAUAUGAUUUGUGAAAAUAUGAUUAUAUGUGUUUGAUGUUGAUUAAAUCUUUAAAGAAUUGCAA